CAUUAAGUUUCGCACGGGUAGAUAAAAGGUGUUGCGCUAAAGCUGGGCGCCAUACGAGCCAAGGAACGAACGACCCCCCCAAAAGCCCUAAUCGAUCUCUUGAGCUUCGAUCCCAGAGGCGAAGCGACGGCGACGACGCAAACCUGCGCCCCCUUUCCUCCUACUCUCUCCGCUUUUUCUCCGCCUCUCGUCGACCGGAAUCGCCCUCUUCGCUCGCCUUCUUCAGUCGCCGAUCUCAAAUUCCUCUCUCGGAUCGCCGCGGAGUCACUGCGGCGCCCUAAACCGCUCCGAUAUCACAUUUUUUGCACACAUCAAAUUGUCUGUUCACAAAUGUCAGGUGACUUCUGAUGGCUGAUCACCAAAACGGAGGUUCUAAGCCAUCAGCCUCUGGGUCUGGUGCUUACACAAUUGACCUUGAAAACUUCAGCAAGCGCCUUGAGGCGUUUUAUAGUCAUUGGGGGAAGCAUAAAUCUGAUUUUUGGAGCUCUUCAGAUGCUGUUGCAAUUGCAACACCACCUACUUCUGAAGAUCUUCGAUAUCUUAAAUCCUCUGCUUUAAAUAUCUGGUUGCUUGGGUAUGAGUUCCCGGAGACCAUUAUGGUUUUCAUGAACAAGCAGAUUCAUUUCCUAUGUAGUCAGAAGAAAGCUAAUCUGCUCGAGACCAUAAAAAAGUCUGCCCAUGAGGCUGUUGGAGCUGAUCUUAUAAUACAUGUUAAGGCCAAGCAUGAUGAUGGUACAGCCCUGAUGGAAGAGAUUAUUCGUGCUAUUUGCGUGCAGUCUAAAUCAGAUUCUCCUAUUAUCGGAUAUAUUACAAAAGAGGCACCUGAAGGGAGGCUUCUCGAGACUUGGUCUGAGAAGCUAGGUAGUUCAUCCUUGCAGCUUACUGAUGUAACAAAUGGUUUCUCUGAUCUGUUUGCUGUAAAAGAUGUCUCGGAGCUUACCUGCAUUAAGAAAGCUGCAUAUCUGACUUCAUCUGUGAUGAAAAAUUUUGUGGUUCCAAAGCUUGAGCGGGUUAUUGAUGAAGAAAAGAAGGUUUCUCAUUCUUCUCUGAUGGAUGAUACAGAAAAGGCAAUACUUGACCCUUCAAGGGUCAAGGUGAAACUGAAGGCAGAAAAUGUUGAUAUAUGCUAUCCUCCUAUCUUUCAGAGUGGAGGCCAGUUUGAUCUCAGGCCAAGUGCAUCCAGCAAUGAUGAGGAUUUGUACUAUGAUUCUACAAGUGUGAUUGUCUGCGCAAUUGGCUCACGAUAUAAUAGCUAUUGCUCAAAUGUUGCUAGAACGUUUUUGAUCGACGCAACUGCUUCACAGAGUAAGGCAUAUGAGGUGCUUCUUAAAGCUCAUGAUGCUUCAGUUAGUGCUUUGAAGCCUGGAAAUGCUGUCGCUGCUGCUUACCAAGCUGCCUUAGCGGUGGUUCAGAAGGAAGCACCAGAGCUUCUUCCAAACCUCACCAAAUCAGCUGGAACAGGGAUAGGCCUUGAGUUCCGUGAGUCUGGGUUGAGUUUAAAUUCAAAAAAUAACCGCUUGCUGAAGGCUGGGAUGGUUUUCAAUGUGUGUCUUGGUUUCCAGAAUCUCCAAGCUCAGACUAACAAUCCAAAGACGGAGAAGUAUUCUUUGUUGCUGGCUGACACUGUUAUAGUUAGUGAGAAACCUCCUGAGGUCUUGACUGCUGGCUGCUCCAAGUCAGUUAAGGAUGUUGCUUACUCAUUUAAUGAGGAAGAGGAGGAAGAGCCUCCCAGAGUCAGAUCUGACUUGAAGAGCACCGGGGUGCUUCCUUCCAAAGCAACCCUGAGGUCUGAUAACCAGGAAAUGUCAAAGGAAGAGUUGCGGAAACAGCAUCAGGCAGAGCUUGCUCGACAAAAGAACGAGGAGACUGCCAGGAGGCUUGCUGGUGGUGGGUCUGCAGGUGCUGAAGGUCGAGGUCCAGCAAGAACCUCAAGUGAGCUGAUUGCUUAUAAGAAUGCAAAUGAUAUACCUUUCUCUAAGGAACUAGCAAUACAAGUAGACCAGAAGAAUGAGGCUAUCUUAUUGCCGAUUUAUGGAAGUAUGGUGCCUUUCCAUGUUUCUACUGUGAAGAGUGUAACCUCCCAUCAGGACAAUCGAACUUGCACCAUUCGCAUAAUAUUUAAUGUGCCUGGUACACCAUUUACUCCCCAUGAUGCAAACUCUCUUAAGUUUCCAGGUGCAACUUAUUUGAAAGAGAUUACAUUUCGGUCCAAAGAUCCCAGGCAUAGCAGUGAAGUUGUACAACUGAUCAAGACCCUCAGGAGACAUGUUGCCUCGAGGGAGUCUGAGAGAGCUGAAAGGGCCACUUUGGUUACCCAGGAGAAGCUGCAGGUCUCUGGAAACCGGAUGAAGCUAAUAAAGUUACCAGACUUGUGGAUACGACCCUCAUUUGGUGGCCGUGGAAGGAAACUUACGGGUACAUUGGAGGCUCAUGUAAAUGGAUUCCGUUAUGCAACUUCAAGACCUGAUGAGCGUGUUGAUAUCAUGUUUGCAAACAUCAAGCAUGCGUUCUUCCAGCCUGCAGAGCGAGAAAUGAUUACCCUCUUGCAUUUUCACCUGCACAAUCAUAUCAUGGUAGGCAACAAGAAGACAAAGGAUGUCCAGUUUUAUGUAGAAGUUAUGGAUGUUGUGCAGACAUUAGGUGGUGGGAGGAGAUCAGCUCUUGAUCCCGAUGAGAUUGAGGAAGAACAGCGUGAGAGGGAGCGGAAAAACAGAAUAAACAUGGAAUUUCAGAACUUUGUCAACAAGGUACAUGACCUCUGGGCACAACCACAGUUCAAAGGGCUCGAUUUGGAGUUUGAUAUGCCCUUGAGGGAGCUUGGGUUCCAUGGAGUUCCUCAUAAGUCUUCGGCUUUUAUUGUUCCAACUUCAACUUGUUUGGUUGAACUUAUUGAGACACCAUUCUUAGUGGUUACCUUGAGUGAGAUUGAGAUUGUUAAUCUAGAGAGGGUGGGUUUCGGGCAGAAAAAUUUUGAUAUGGCCAUUGUGUUCAAGGAUUUCAAACGCGAUGUGCUUCGAAUAGAUUCCAUACCAUCCUCAUCAGUUGACGGAAUUAAGGAAUGGCUUGAUACAACAGACUUGAAGUACUACGAAAGCAGACUAAAUUUGAACUGGCGCCCCAUUUUGAAAACUAUAACUGAGGACCCUGAGAAGUUUAUUGAAGAUGGUGGUUGGGAAUUUUUGAACAUGGAAGCCAGUGACUCUGACUCAGAAAACACGGAGGAAUCAGACCAAGGGUAUGAACCCUCUGAUGUGGAACCGGAGUCUGCUUCAGAUGAUGAAGGUAAAGAUAGUGAGUCACUGGUAGAAUCUGAUGAGGAUGAAGAGGAUUCUGAGGAGGAUUCCGAGGAGGAGAAGGGGAAGACAUGGGAGGAGUUGGAACGGGAGGCAAGCAAUGCAGAUAGAGAGAAGGGCGAUGAGUCAGACAGCGAAGACGAGAAACGGAGGAGGAAGGCAAAGGCUCUUGGGAAAUCCCGUAUUCCAGAUAGAAGGGACCCAAAGGGUGCACCCCCUAAGAGACGAAAGUUUAAGUGAGGCCGCUGCGUUUCUGAUCAUGAUCCCUUCAGGAGCUUCUUGUGCUAUUUGAACUCAUGCUAGUUCUCUUUAUGAUGGAUUAAUACAAGCUUCGGAUGGACGAUUUUUAAGUUUACCAUGUAAAUCUGAAUCAUGGUUUCUUGUCUCUGCCAAAGUGACAUUUGAUAUCGGUUGCCUUUUCUUUUGUUAUUUAAAUUCAUUGCUGCAAUAUUAAUGCUUUUAGUGUUGGACA